AUGAAUCCAUCUGCAAAUUACGCUCUGUCGAGUGUUCGCAAGACACAGUUUUUGAUUGCUGGGUUUUCGUUGCCGUGCGCGAUUGCGGCCGUUAUUGACAAGCAUGGCAGCGCCGAGACAAUCUUGCAACUUACCUGGUUGAUUAUUUCCAUGUGUGCGUCCCUGCUCUUCCUGUUCAACCGCCGCAAGGCUACGACGCAACAGUAUCCGGUAUAUGAGAUUCUGGGUGACCUGUCCCUCCUCAUCCUCUUUGUUGGUGUCUGGAUCGCAGGAAUUGUGAUUUUGGCUGUAAAAGAGGUUAAUCAUUGGAGGGCGACCUAUGCCCUGGGGAUCCCCCACAUCUACACGAAUCUGUCGUGUCUUAUUAUGUGGCUGUCAUAUGCAUACACUUUCUUCAUCUCCAUCUACCGUCGCUACCUGGCGCAGCUAUCCAAGGCACAGUGCUGGCGAUCUUGGGGUACUACUUAUGUCCAGUGCCCAUCGUGCGAUCGAUCUGCCUCAGCACUUAUGGGAUCAAAUGCUAGAUGGUCGAGAGAGAUCUCGGAGAGAGGCGCCAACUCCUUUGACAACACCCCUGGGCUUUACACGGAUGACGAGGCUGAAGCUCAGACACUGCUUCGCGGUGACACCCACGAAGCAACAAAGCAGGAGACCGGUACUAUCAAGUUGACCAAUGAUACUGUCUAG